AUGACAAACGCAGAUGCAGUCUCAUCAUGGUCAGCCAACGCGCGCACCCAUCUCGUCCUCCAUCUCAAGAUUGAGCCCCCUUGGCUCCCCGGGCACAAGAAGACCUCCACCCAGUACGCGCUAUACGCCGCGCACUCAAACACAGCUUUGUUAGGCCACACAGAGACCUCAACGGCUCUGAGGCUGUCCUCUCAUCCCUCCUCUCCAAGAACACCUUGA